CAAUGCUUUCUGGGACGGUGGCCCUGUAUCCAGGCAACCGUCGUGACGCCCAGCACAAAGCCCGCGCCGACCAGUUCGACCAGUGUCAACAACAACGUGUUUAGGCCUUAUUUUGGAGUACACUAACCUUUUCGUAAGUCAAGGAUUACCCCUGCCCUUGGUCGAGGGGAUAAGAAGCAGCAAUGGCCGCGCAGCGAGUCGCCAAGUUGCCGCCUCUUGCAGUGGGAGGGAGUGAUAUGUCUCCACGAGCGAUGAAAGGGUACGAAGGUCUGACAGGACCGUCCUACCAGCUGGUCUCAACUGGUUCCAAGUACAGCCUGCCAUCGCCAGGUGUUCUCCAGCCUUACGUUGACACCAGGUCAGGUGCCCUGGAUGCAUGGCCAGCUCACGCCGCGGGACAGACGACCUCCAGCACGGCUCUUGUUCCACACGGCUCCACCUCCGUCAAGUCCUACAGCAGGAAACCGCUGGUGAAAGAGGAGGACACUGGGAAGGGUGUCCCUAAGCCAAAAUUCCUCGACCAGUUAGAGAACUUUCUAAAGAAAGAACUGCGAGCACUGGGAUGCCCAGACUCAGGACCAAGUGAGCUCAGGUUACAGGCACACCGUGAAGUCUUUGAGUACUUGAUUGAAGACUUUAAGACCUACAAGCCACUGCUGUCAUCCAUCAAGAAUGAAUAUGAAACAAUGCUAGCUCACCUCAGACAACAGAUAAGGGACCUGGAACCACUCAAGUCCAUGCUGGUGACAGUUUCAGAGCAGUGUGACCAGAAGAUCCUCAAGAUCCGAGAACAGGAGAAACAAGAAAUGGUGGAUUUGAGGAGAGAGAACACAGGACUGUAUCGUAAGAUCAUGGGGAUGAGUGAACAGCAGCAGAAUCUACAGGCACAGGUUAACAAGCUGAGAGAGGAGCUAUCAGAGCAGUACCUGCGCUACCGUGACGAGUGUGAUGCAAGGAAACUGCUUGUGUCGGACAUCAACGACCUUCGGUACCAGGCUGAAGACCUGCAGAAAGCUGCGUCAGCCGGCAGUGUGGGCGACCCGCAGGACGACCCGAUCAUGAUGAGAGUAGCACUGAAGCAAGCUCGUGUUGACCUGAAGAAAAUGUCGGAGGAACUGAUCCGUAUGAAGGCAGACUAUGGGGACGUUGUUCCGAGGAGAGACUUUGAAAUGCUGGAGGCCAAACACAACGCCCUUCUGGAGACGGAGGGAGUUCUGAGAGACCAGUUCAGCAAACUUCAGCAAGAGCAUGAUACCCUGCUGGAGGUACACAAACAGGUUCUGCAGCAGAGAGACGAGUUCUACACCCAGCAAGAGACGCUGAGACGGAGCGCCACACCCAGGCCUGACUGGGACAAGUGUGGGGAUGUGGUGGAUGGUGGUGCAGAGCGUUGGGCGGAGUUGACCAAGGAAACCACCAGUGAUCAGAAGAUGGACGCCCUGCUGCAGGAACUACAGACCAUGAAAGAUGCAGCGAGCGACAAAGACAUUCCCGAGUUCUUUGAAGGAAGGGGUUUCAAACCAGAUGUACCAGCUUACCUGCGCUACGAAGGACAAGUUCGUAACAGGAAGUUGGCUAAGCGGGACCUGGCCAUCGUCAUCAAGGAUGUGUGGAGAGAGAAGGCAGCUCAUGAUGCAGGGAAAGCAAAGCCCACCAAGUUGGAGAACUACCUGCUGAUGUACCUGGAGAAACGGUUUAACCUGGAGCCGCUGGUGGCGGAGUGGGGGUACAACAUCCACGAUGCGUGCACGCGCUUCCACCAAUCAGAGAACAGCAUCAACCUGUUCUUCAGCAUUCUCAAGGGGGAGACCGAUGAGGGGAUCUACCACCAGCAGAUUGACCUCCUGUCUCGUCUGCUGAGCCACUUUGCUCAGAAGGACGUCUCCCUGGGCACACAGGGAAUGAUACCCAAGGAGGAAUUUUCUGCUGGAAUAGCUGAAUUCUUUCCACUGAAAGAGCCAGAGUCUAUCCAGGUCCUGGUGCAGGCUGCAGAGGACGAGCUCGACACACAGGGAGGACCCAUACCCUUCAAACUACUCUUCACUGAGGAUGAUGAGGGAAGAACAGGACCCUUUAUCAACAGACUUCGCGACCAGACCAAGUCGGAGAGAGAGGCGUAUGUGGAUGACAUACAGGCUGCUCUAGGGGACGUUAGUGACGUGGUGGUAGAAGACGUCAGAAAGGCCUUCUUAACUGCUGAUCCCGAAAUUGACCAGCCAGAAAUCGACAUGUUCUUGGGACGAGCAUUUGGAGUUGAUAAAGAUAAGUUGGAGAAGGCGAAAUCCACCCACACGACGAAGGUCCUGCAGAGACUUCGCACUGGAAACAUUCAUAGAGUAGGGAAGAAACCGUGAACAUUUACUCUGGAUGCGGGUGUACUCAGUGGUCUUUGGUCAGUUAGGUGAAUAGCUGUGAAAUACCAAUAUGGAUACACGAUGUACAUAGACUUACAUAUCUGAUAUUAAUUUGUGGUAUUGUGGAAAUGCAAGUCUAAAUUGUGAUGUUCAAAACUUGACCAUCAGAACACAGACCUGUCACAAGAGUCCAUGUGGUUCCUGCAUUCGUUAUCAAAGUAUUUGGUAAAAAGUUAAUCCUAGUUACUGGACCAUGCUGCUUAAGAAGAUGUCACCUUCAGUUGUUGUUUCAAGUCAUAUCGAGAUGUAAAACUUUAAAGGCUUCCACUGAUUCUGAUUUUUACUUGAAGUUAUGCUGCAGUGUUUUAACCUUCCUGUUGGAAGUCAGUUCGUUAGAAAAGUGUCUAGUUAAUCAUGUGCCAUAAAGCAGGUUAAUAUUAAUAGAGAAAACCUUCAUCUAUUCUGUGUAAAUAAAGCACUGAUGGCUUCCACAACUUU